AGUCAGGAGCAUUAGCCGGCGUCUUAAUACGGUGCUUGGGCUGGGGUUUGGCUACCUUCCGGGCAAAGCGGCAUUCUCUUGGUGCUGGGCGGGCUGCUCCGGUCCCACGCCCCUGAUGCACAACACUUAGCGGAGGAGCCCUGAAUAAAAUCAGCCAGCCACGCCCCUCGCCGACCCAUGCCGGCUGCCUGGAGUUCGCUGCCAUCCAGUUUGGUUUAGCCGUGCCGAGACUUGGUCCUCCACAAGCAUCAAGGACUGUUCUUUCGUUGGUCCUCCUCUCCGGAACCACGCUUUAGGCCAGCUUCUUGCUCCUCUGCUUGCCAGUCCUGUUCUGAGGGGUCCUGGUGCAGGCUUCUUGCUAGAGAAGCUUUGGACCUACGUGGGGAAAAGAACGAAUUGUUACCUUCGCUUUGUCCUGGAGGGCCCUCUUUGACCUUUGACCUAAUGGCAGCACCUCCACUGGGCCGACUGGUGCUGACCCAUCUGCUGGUGGCCCUUUUCGGCAUGGGCUCCUGGAUUGCGGUCAAUGGGAUCUGGGUAGAGCUACCUGUAGUGGUGAAAGAGCUCCCGGAGGGUUGGAGCCUCCCUUCCUACCUCUCAGUGCUUGUGGCACUGGGGAACCUGGGUCUGCUGCUGGUGACCCUGUGGAGGCGUCUGGCUCCCGGCAAGAGCGAGCGGAUCCCCAUCCAAGUGGUUCAGGGGCUGAGCAUAGUGGGCACAGGCCUGCUGGCCCCUCUGUGGAGCAACAUGGCCCUGGUGGCAGGACAGCUCCACUCUGUGGCCUUCCUAACGCUGGCGUUUGUGCUGGCAUUGUCCUGCUGUGCUUCCAAUGUCACUUUCCUGCCCUUUCUGAGCCACCUACCGCCUCCCUUUUUACGGUCUUUCUUCCUGGGCCAGGGCCUGAGUGCCCUGCUGCCCUGUGUGCUGGCUCUGGCGCAGGGGGUGGGCCGCCUGGAGUGCCUGCAUGUGCCUGCCAACGGCACCACCGGGCCUCCGAUCAAGGUGUCUCCCAUCAAUUUCCCUGAGCGUUUCUCUGCUGGCACAUUCUUUUGGGUGUUGACGGCCCUCCUGGGCACUUCAGCCGCCGCCUUCCAAGGCCUCCUGUUACUACUGCCGUCCCCACCACCUGAAGCCACGAUGGGUACCGGGCUUCGGGUAGAAACACCAGGAACAGAGGAGGAAGAGGAAGAGGAAGAGGCCUCACCAUUGCAGGAGCCACCAGGCCAGGUGGCAAGCAUUGUUUCCAGCCCAGACCCUAAGGCCCAUCGGCUGUUUUCUUCCCGAAGUGCCUGUCUACUGGGGCUGCUGGCUAUCACCAACGCCCUGACCAACGGUGUGCUGCCCGCUGUACAGAGCUUUUCCUGCCUGCCCUAUGGGCGCCUGGCCUACCACUUGGCUGUCGUACUGGGUAGCUCUGCCAAUCCCCUUGCCUGCUUUCUGGCCAUGGCAGUGUUGUGCAGGUCUCUGGCAGGGCUGUAUGGCCUCUGUCUGCUGGGCAUGUUCUUUGGCACCUACCUGAUGACACUGGCAGUCCUAAGUCCCUGUCCCCCUCUGGUGGGCACCUCAGCAGGUGUGGUCCUCGUGGUGCUUUCAUGGGUACUGUGUGCAGGCGUGUUCUCGUACAUCAAGGUGGCGACCAGUUCCAUGUUACACAGUGGAGGCCGGCCAGCACUGCUCGCAGCUGGGGUAGCUAUUCAGGUGGGCUCUCUGCUGGGCGCCAUCGCCAUGUUCCCUCCCACCAGCGUCUACCCUGUGUUUCGCAGUGGAGAGGACUGUGUGGAUCAGUGUGGCCCUUGAACCGGGUCGCGUAGGAGUUACUUCACACUUGUCUCCACCCGGAGGGGGCCACAGCACCUGCGUCCCGUGGCCCAAGGUGGCCUCCUGACGCACAGAUAAUAUGGAUAUUUCACACUCCAUAUAGAGACCUGGCUUUUGAGGAAAAGACCAGGGUGAGGACCAAAGAGCAGGCCCAGACCCAGGGAUAGGUUGGGGCUGCAGCCUUUCCCCUGGGACCUCUGUGGGAUUUGCACAAUAAAACAUCUUCAUCCAAUGGGUUGGUAAUCCCACGAGCACAGCUCACUACGCCAGGCCUCCUUCCCUCAGUAGGCAUCCCCUCUUCCCCAAGAUCCUAGUUACAGCUUCUGGGCAGAUAUUCCUCCACUCCCAGCUGGUGUUGCCGGGCCUUGGGUGGCCUCAGGACUCCUGCGCCAUUGCUUCUCUGGAACUACUUUGGGAGAUGAAGGCCGACUCCCAGGGCCCACGCGGGACUGAAGCAGGACAAUGCUUCUGGUCGCCUGGACAAGCGGCAGAAUCACUGCUCCACUGCAGGUCUUGAGGGCUUGAGGGUCUGGCAUGGUUGGGAAGUCAAUCAACAAGGGAACCUGGGGGAGGGGAGGGGUUUACACACAAGACCCUCUUGCCAAGAUCUUCAUGUCAGAGUUUGGUGCAAGGCCCAGGUGUAAAAGGAGCUCGGUGAAGCUGGCUUUUUAUUUGUUUGCUUUGCUUUUAAAAAAAAAAUUACUUUAUUCAUGUACAUGAGUACACUGUCGCUGUCUUCAGACACACCAGAAGAGGGCAUCAGACCCCAUUCCAGAUGGUUGUGAGCUACCGUGUGGUUGCUGGGAAUUGAACUCAGGACCUCUGGAAGAACAGUCAGUGUUCUUAACCCCUAAACCACCUCUCCAGCCCUUGUUUUACCUUUUUAUUUUAUGUGCAUGGGUGUUUUGCUUGAGGUCACAAUUGAAUGUCUGAUCUUCUGGAACUGGAGUUAGACUGUUGUGAGCUGCUAUGGGGGUGCUGGGAAUUGAACCCUGGUCCUCUGGAAUACCAGUGAGUGAUUUUAACCACAGAGCCUUCUCUCCAGCCCCAGGAGCUGGUUUUUAAGGUUCUGACCCUCUCAGGAUCUUUCAACUUGAGAACAUUGCUUACCAGCCCUGGAGCUCCUAGUUUCCAACUCCUGCAGU